AGCGGCAACGUUGUUCUUCGAAGGGUUAGAGCAGUCAAGGGCCUCAAGAAACGAAAUUAAUUAUUUCAAUAAAACAGGUGUUAAAACACUAUUUAAAGACGCACAUCCUUCGCAGUUCCAUAACACAAACGUUUUGGGACAACUUUUACAAUGCCUAGAGGAGGGAAAAAAGGCCACAAAGGUCGUGGCAAACAGUUCAGCAAUCCUGAAGAAAUCGACAGACAGAUGCGAGCGCAGAGGGAGAGGGAGGAAAAUGGUGAUGCUGAAUGUAAAAGUUCAUCGGAAUCUGAGGAGGAAAGCAGCAGUGAAGAUGAAAAGAACCAGAAAAGGAGUGGCGUGGAAGGAUUGAUUGAGAUUGAGAAUCCCAAUCGUGUCUCCCAAAAGAACAAAAAUAUUGCUGAAGUAGAUGUUAGCGUACCAAAAGAGCUCUCACGUAGAGAGAGGGAGGAGAUUGAGAAGCAGAAAGCAAAGGAACGCUACAUGAAGCUGCAUCUAGAAGGGAAGACUGAGCAAGCCAGGGCAGAUUUGGCUAGACUGGCCAUCAUUAAGAAACAAAGAGAAGAAGCAGCAAGAAAGAGAGAGGAAAUGAGAAAAGAAAAAGAGGUACAGGAGGCAAAGUCCAAACGUUAGCCUCUUUCCCAUCUUUGAGGACAGGGCUGUCCUGGGGCGGGCAGGUGGACAGGGACCAAAUUAAUGAGGGAUACAGCUCAGGGGUAUCCAGGCACACUGUCCUUUCAUCUUUCACUGCAGAGGGACAGGACAGCAAUUUGGACAUUUCGAAGCGUCAGAUAGAAGUGAGUGUUAACUGCAGGAGCUAACUCUCCUUAAAAGAUUAAGUAGUCAGGAACACCAUAAUGUGCCCACCCCCCCAAAAAAAAUAUACACACACCUUCACUGUGCUCUGAUCCUAAAGCUGCUGGAGUUUACUCCUAAAUUAGUUUUUAUAUGUUUUAAUAUACCAUUGAUUAGGAUGUGCUCCAAGUUUUCUUACUGACAUCUCUUAGUUGGUUCCAAAGGAGUCGCUUAGAGUAGUGAAUGGAGAAACACUAGCAAACCUGUGGCACCUGUAAAACACCAUCUGCUUCUGUUGUGGCCUGUGCCCGUUUCUUUUUUUACAUCCUUAAAUGCAUAAGUUUGAUACCUUUUCAAUUAAUCUGUGCUGGGUAAUUCCUUUUUUUGCAUGCCAGUUACUUGAUGCAUCAAAUUUCAUUUUGCUGAUUCACAGGUUACCACAUGACUUUAUGCGGUUAAACAGUAGCUGAGUAAUUUAAUGUCAACAGUAUUAAGUGACUGGUCUGUUGUAAUGUUGGCAGUAAACAGACAUUUAAGCAGAGUUAAGUGCUCUUGCUUUUAUAUGAAAAUUGCCAUUUACUCAUGACCAAUUCAUAGGCUUGUCUCUUGAUAUAAAUAUUGUAUGCUUCAGUCUAUUUGUGGGACCCAAAUUGCCUUGAACAUUAAGAAAAGCAAUAGUACACAUGCAGAUGAGUAUUUACAGUUGGCUCAGCUCUGAAGUGUAUACGUUUGAAAGUGUGCUGUCCAGGAUUAAAAUGAGUAUUUGCAUUGUAAGGUAUUGGUAGGAGGGAUAAUGUGUUUGUAUCCUAACUUGAUUUGUUGCAUAGAAAUAAAUGCUUUUUUUUUUUUUUGCUUUUUUUUUUUUUUUUGCCCACGGACUUUGUCACAAAUUCUAAUAAAUAUGUAUGCCAUGGUUUUGGA